CACAUGUAAAUAAUUUUUUUAGUUCUAUAAAGUCGAUUAAUUUCCCAAAAUUUUAUUUUUUUUACAAUCAAAUGCAAAAACUUGCAUGAAACUUGCAUUUUCGUUCAAUCUUGGCGCUUUUGCGCAUAUUAAAAAAUGGCUGAUACGUCGGUGUGCAUCGAAGCGCGUUGUAUCCGCUAAACAAGCCCAAGUUGUCAAAAGUGUAAAUCAUAGUUUAAAGUCAUUACCGUGCGGUAUAAUAAAAAAACGAACACACUAAUUAAAUGCAUAUUAUUUAUAUACACAGGCCAUUUGAAUAAAAAAUAUCUAUUAUUAAAAAGUAAAAUAUUUUACACAUAAUUUCAGUAAUGUUAUAACUGAAAAAUAUUUUAAAAUAAAAACCUUCGUCUAACCUCAAUGAUGGUUUAUUAUUUCACUAUUUAAAAGUUUUAUAGAUACGAAAAAAGAUGACUUCAAGUUUGGUGCAACAAUUUGUCCAGCGACUUAAAUCGCGUCAUGAAGAGGUUCGAAAUAAAGCAGCACGCGAUCUCUGUCAUUAUGUUGAAACAGAACUCAGAGAAACAUCUCAAGAAGAAAUUACGGCAUUUAUGGAUGAAUUUAAUCAUCACAUUUUUGAAAUGGUUUCUGGCUCUGACAUGAAUGAAAAGAAAGGAGGAAUAUUAGCAAUAGUUUGUCUCAUAGGAGCUGACGUAGGAAAUAUUAAUACUCGUACCAUUAGAUUUGCUAAUUAUUUAAGAAAUUUACUACCAUCAAGCGAUGUUGGGGUAAUGGAAUUAGCAGCAACUACUGUUGGAAAAUUAGCUUUAGUAUCUGGUACAUAUACUGCUGAAUAUGUUGAAUUCGAAGUAAAAAGAGCUUUUGAAUGGCUUGGUGGUGACAGAAAUGAAGGAAAACGACAUGCGGCUGUUUUAGUGCUUCGAGAGCUUGCUGUUUCAAUGCCGACAUAUUUUUUUCAACAAGUUACACAAUUUUUUGACUUGAUAUUUAAUGCUGUGAGAGAUCCUAAAGCUGUAAUACGUGAAGGAGCAGUGGAAGCUCUUCGAGCUGCUUUAGUUGUUACUGCGCAGAGAGAAACUAUUAAACAGAUGCAUAAAUCUCAAUGGUAUAAACAAUGUUAUGAUGAAGUAGUAGCUGGAUUUGAAGAAGUAAAUAUUAAAGAACGAGGCUAUAAUCGUGAUGAUCGAAUUCAUGGAUCUCUUUUAGUUUUAAAUGAACUUCUUCGUUGUAGUAAUAUUCAAUGGGAAAGAGACUAUGAGUCUUUAAUGCAAAGAUUAAACAUUUCAAAUCAAAAUAAUGAAAAUGAUAUUCUAGCUUUGAUGCCACGAUUGAAAACAAUUAUUGUUUCAAAAUGGUCUGGAUAUUCUUCUGAUGAUAAUUCACAUCCUCAUAACAGUCUCUAUCCGCUUCACGAAAGUGCAGCUUGUCGACAAUUGAUGCAAGAAAGAUUAGAUGAUUUUUACACUGAUGUCAUGAAUCAAAGAUCAUCAAGAAGCCCUCAUAUUCAACAUGCACUCAUGACUCUGCUUCCACGAUUGGUAGCAUUCAACACUGAAAAAUUCAACAAAGAAUAUCUUCGAGAAAUUUUAAAUUAUUUAUUAUUGGCUCUAAGAGGAAGAGAGAAAGAUCGGAAUGCAGCAUUUAUGACAAUUGGAUUAAUAGCAGUAGCUGUUGGUGAUGCAAUAAAACCUUAUUUACCAAAAAUUAUGGAAGUUAUUAAAAGUAGUUUACCUGCUAAAGAAACACCCAAUAAAAAACGAAGUGCAUCACUUGAAUCUUCUGUAUUUAUAUGCAUUACACUUCUCGGCUAUGCUGUCAAAUCAGGAAUUAGUCCUGUUAUAAAAGAUCUUUUAGAUCCAAUGUUAGCAACUGGAUUAAGCUCAAUUCUCACAACAUGUCUACGAGAACUAGCACAAAAUGUACCUUCACUUAAACCUGAUAUUUCACAAGGAUUAUUAAGAAUGCUAUCUCAAGUCUUGAUGCAUAAACCAUUACGGCAUCCUGGAGCUCCUUGGACAGCCACGAGUCCAAUAUUAGCAACACUUCCCAACGAACCCAUGGAUGUUCCAUCAACUGUUCUUGCUCUUCGAACUCUUGGAACUUUUAAUUUCGAUGGUAAUCCUUUACUACAAUUUGUUCGUCGAUGUGCAGAUCACUUUUUGACUUCAGAACAAUCAGAAGUUCGUCUUGAAGCUGUGAGAACAUGUUCGAGGCUUUUAAGGCUAGCUUUGAGUCAGCCUGGACCGACAGUUACAAAUACUGUUUCUUCAGUACUUGGAAAACUUUUAGUUGUCGGAAUCACUGACACUGAUCCAGAUGUAAGAAUUUCUGUUCUGGCAUCAUUAGAUGAUACUUUCGACAUCCACUUAGCUCAAGCAGAGAGUUUAUCAGCCCUAUUUAUAGCAAUGAACGAUGAAAUAUUUGAGAUUAGAGAGUUAGCUAUUCGAACUAUUGGCAGAUUGAGCACAAUGAAUCCAGCAUAUGUCAUGCCAUCCCUUAGAAAAACAUUGAUACAAUUUUUAACAGAAUUAGAACAUUCAGGAAUGGGUCGCAAUAAAGAGCAAGCUGCAAGAAUGCUUGAUCAUUUAGUUGUAAGUGCACCAAGAUUAAUUAGACCAUAUAUGGAGCCAAUUCUCAAAGUCCUUGUGCCUAAAUUAAAAGAACCAGAGCCCAAUCCAGCUGUCGUUUUAGCUAUUCUUCGUGCAAUAGGUGAUUUAGCUGAAGUAAAUGGAGCUGAAACACAACAAUGGAUGCCAGAGCUUCUUUCUAUUCUUCUAGAAAUGCUAGUGGACGCAAGUUCUCCAGAAAAACGAGGAGUAGCACUUUGGGUUCUAGGACAGCUUGUAGGAAGUACAGGGCACGUAGUAAAACCUUACAUUCAGUAUCCAACUCUUCUUGAAGUCUUGAUAAAUUUUCUAAAGACUGAACAACAGCCGAUAAUUCGAAGAGAAACAAUUCGUGUUCUAGGAUUACUUGGUGCUCUUGAUCCAUAUAAACAUAAAAUGAAUCUUGGCCAGAUCGAUUGCCAAUUAGAUACUCUUACAUCGAUGGUUGAUACGAAAAGUGAAACGGAAAAUAAUCAAGAUUUAACAACAAGUGAAAUGCUGGUAAAUAUGUCAUCAUCAAGCUUAGAGGAAUAUUACCCAGCAAUAGCAAUUGCUACACUUAUGCGAAUCAUCCGAGAUCCUACAUUAUCUCAACACCAUACAAUGGUUGUUCAAGCGGUAACAUUUAUUUUUAAAAGUCUUGGAAUUAAAUGUGUUCCUUAUAUUUCUCAAGUAAUGCCAAGUUUUUUGAACGUCGUUAGAACAGCAGACGUUAAUUUUCGAGAGUACCUUUUUCAACAGCUGGCUAUUUUAAUUGCCAUCGUGAAACAACACAUUAGAAAUUACCUUGAUGAUACUUUUAAUUUAAUUAAAGAGUUUUGGACUAUUAAUAGUCCACUGCAAAGUACAUUGAUUCUACUGGUAGAACAUAUUGCUAUAGCUUUAGGUGCUGAAUUUAAAAUUUAUUUACCCCAAUUGAUGCCUCAAAUUUUACGAGUUUUAACACAUGAUACCAGUAAAGAUAGAUGUGUGACAGUAAAGUUACUUCUAGCUUUGCAGAAAUUUGGAAAUAAUUUAGAUAAUUAUCUUCAUCUUGUUUUACCACCUAUUGUAAAGCUCUUCCAUGCAUCUGAUUGUCCUAUAACUGUCAAUAAAGUUGCUCUAGAAACAAUUGAUCAUCUAGCAGACACUCUAGAUUUUACUGAUUUUGCAUCAAGAAUUGUUCAUCCUUUGGUAAGAACUUUGGAUCAAUGUCCAGAACUUAGAAAUACUGCUAUGGAUACUUUAUGUUCAUUAUUAAUGCAGUUGGGAAAGAAAUACCAGAUUUUCAUUCCUCUUGUUCAAAAAGUCAUGACGAAACAUAAAAUUUCUAAUUCUCAGUAUGAUAUUUUAGUUGAUAAAAUUUUAACAGAAACGUCUGUAGUUGAUGGUGACGAUUAUCUUUUAAUGAGACAUCGUCAUUCACGAAAUAAAAAUAGAGAUCUUUCUUUAACAUCAUCUGAUACUACAAUGAUAAAAAGACUUCAUGUUUCUGCAUCUAAUCUUCAAAAGGCUUGGACAGCAGCUCGACGAGUAUCUAAAGAUGAUUGGUUAGAAUGGCUAAGAAGUCUUUCCAUAGGACUUUUAAAAGAAUCACCAUCUCCAGCAUUAAGAUCUUGUUGGGCUCUAGCUCAAACGUAUUCACAACUCCCACGAGACUUAUUUAAUGCAGCUUUUGUUUCCUGUUGGACUGAACUUAACGAUAACUAUCGAGCAGAAUUAAUUCAAACUCUCCAACAAGCCUUAAUGGUUCCUGAUAUUCCAGAAAUAACUCAAACCAUUUUAAAUCUUGCUGAGUUUAUGGAGCAUUGUGAUAAAGGUCCUUUACCUUUGGAUAAUAAAAUUCUUGGCGAAAGAGCAAUGAACUGCAGAGCAUAUGCCAAAGCAUUGCACUAUAAAGAAGAUGAAUUUCAUAAAAGCCGAAAUAGUAAUGUAUUUGAAUCUUUAAUAUCGAUAAAUAAUAAAUUACAACAAAAAGAAGCAGCAGAAGGUUUAUUAGAAUAUGUUAUGAAUCAAAAUAAUCAACAAGACUUAAAAGUUCAAGUGCGAUGGUAUGAAAAACUUCACAAUUGGGAUAAAGCUCUUCAUCUGUAUCGAGAACGAUUAGAGACAAAUUCUAAUGAUAUAGAAUCAACUUUAGGAGAAAUGAGAUGUUUAGAAGCAUUAGGAGAAUGGGGACAACUUCAUGAAGUAGCAACGAAACAGUGGUCAAAUCAAACUGAUGAAAUGCGGCAAAAAAUGGCUCGGAUGGCUGCUGCUGCAGCCUGGGGUCUUGGUCAGUGGGAAAGUAUGGAAAAAUAUAUAUCUCUAGUGCCAAAAGAUACUCAAGAUGGAGCAUUUUAUCGAGCUGUUUUAGCUAUUCAUAAAGAACAAUAUAAUGUAGCUCAUCAGUUAAUCAACAGUGCACGAGACCUUCUAGAUACUGAGCUGACAGCUAUGGCUGGUGAGAGUUAUCAAAGAGCUUACAAUGCAAUGGUUGAAGUGCAAAAACUCGCAGAACUUGAGGAAGUUAUUCAGUUUAAACUUGUGCCAGAAAGAAGAUCUACUAUUAAAGCUAUGUGGUGGGACAGAUUACAAGGUGGACAAAAAAUAGUUGAAGAUUGGCAAAAAAUUAUUCAAGUGCAUACACUUGUUAUUUCUCCUCAAGAUGAUAUGUACACUUGGUUAAAAUAUGCCAGUUUGUGUAGAAAAAAUGGUAGUUUAAUGCUUUGUCAUAAAACAUUGGUAAUGCUUCUUGGAGUAGAUCCUUCAGAAACUCCAGAUGAACCUCUUCCUACGACUCAUCCGCAAGUAACGUUUGCGUACUGUAAACAUAUGUGGGUAGCUAACAAACGUGAAGAAGCUUAUAAUCAAUUACGAACUUUCGUUCAAAAUUAUCUUCAACCUCCACCACCGGGAUUAUUAAUUGAUGGUGAAGAAGAACAUCAACAACAUCAAUAUGAUGCACGUAGGCGACUUCUUGCUCGAUGUUAUCUCAAAUUAGGUGAAUGGUUAGAAGCUCUUCAAGGUAUUCAUGAACACUCAAUACCAGCUAUAUUAAAUUAUUAUGAAGAAGCUACUGAACAUGAUCCUUGCUGGUAUAAAGCUUGGCACGCAUUUGCAUAUACUAAUUUUGAAUCAGUUUUGUUUUAUAAACAUCAACAAGGGGACGUAGUGCCAGAUAGCAAUGGAACUUCUAGAUCACAGUCACUCUCUAGCUCUCAAUAUAUUUCGCGCUUCACUGUUCCUGCUGUUAAAGGUUUCUUCAGAUCAAUUAACUUAUCUCAUGGUAACUCUCUCCAAGAUACUCUUCGGCUCUUAACGCUUUGGUUUGACUAUGGACAAUGGCCAGAAGUUUACGAUGCAAUAUCAGAAGGAAUAAGAAUGAUUGAAAUAAAUACAUGGCUUCAAGUGAUUCCUCAAUUGAUAGCAAGAAUUGAUACCCCACGUGUUUUAGUAAGUCGAUGUAUUCAUCAUUUGCUUAUUGACAUAGGCAAAUCUCAUCCUCAAGCAUUAGUAUAUCCACUAACAGUAGCUUCAAAAAGUGCGAGUAAUGCACGAAAAAAUGCUGCUUAUAAGAUACUCAAAAACAUGGGUGAACACAGUUCAACCUUAGUUGCCCAAGCCAACUUAAUUAGUGAUGAACUUAUUCGAGUUGCUAUUUUGUGGCAUGAGCUAUGGCAUGAAGGCUUAGAAGAAGCAAGUAGGUUUUACUUUGGAGAAAGAAAUGUUAAUGGCAUGUUUGAAACUUUAGAACCUCUUCAUGCAAUGUUAGAAAGAGGAGCUCAAACAUUGAAAGAAACUUCAUUUAAUCAAGCUUAUGGACAUGAUUUGAUGGAGGCUCAAGAUUGGUGUCACAGAUAUAAAGUAUCAGGAAAUGUAAGAGACUUAAAUCAAGCUUGGGAUUUAUACUACCAUGUUUUCAGGAGAAUAUCUCGUCAAUUACCGCAAUUAACAAGCUUGGAGUUACAAUACGUCAGUCCUAAAUUACUAUAUUGUAGGGAUUUGGAAUUAGCAGUUCCUGGUAGUUACAUUCCAGGUCAGCCUGUAGUGAGAAUAGCUAGUAUUCAUAGCUCCAUGCAAGUUAUUACUAGCAAACAACGGCCGAGAAAGUUACGUAUCAAAGGAAGUAAUGGAAAAGAUUAUAUGUUCCUUUUAAAAGGCCACGAAGAUUUAAGACAAGAUGAACGUGUGAUGCAACUAUUUGGGCUUGUUAAUACCUUAUUAUUACAUGAUCCUGAUACAUUUAGAAGGAAUUUGACAAUUCAAAGGUAUGCUGUGAUUCCACUAUCAACAAACAGUGGACUAAUCGGCUGGGUACCUCAUUGUGAUACUCUUCACACUUUAAUCAGAGACUAUCGAGACAAAAAGAAAAUUCUGUUAAAUAUCGAACAUAGAAUUAUGCUGCGAAUGGCUCCUGAUUACGAUCAUUUAAUGUUGAUGCAAAAAGUAGAAGUAUUUGAGCAUGCUCUAGGGCAUACUCAUGGAGAUGAUUUAUCAAGAUUACUUUGGUUGAAGUCUCCAUCGAGUGAAGCUUGGUUUGAUCGUAGAACAAAUUAUACUCGCUCUUUAGCAGUUAUGUCAAUGGUUGGUUACAUACUUGGACUUGGAGAUCGUCACCCAUCAAAUUUAAUGUUAGAUCGACUAAGUGGAAAAAUAUUACAUAUUGAUUUUGGAGAUUGUUUUGAGGUAGCAAUGACAAGAGAAAAAUUCCCAGAAAAAAUUCCUUUCCGAUUAACAAGGAUGUUAAUUAAUGCUAUGGAAGUUACCGGAAUUGAAGGAACAUAUAGAAGAACUUGUGAAUCAGUUAUGUCAGUACUUCACAGAAAUAAAGAUAGCUUGAUGGCUGUGCUUGAAGCAUUUGUUUAUGAUCCAUUGCUUAAUUGGCGGCUUAUGGAUAAUAAUAGUAAAGAUAAAAGUAAACGAUCUAAUGCUCAGAGUAUUAAUACUAGUAGUAGCCAAGAGCCAGGUGAUAUUUUAGACUCUUUAAAUUCAACGUUGCCUAAAAAGGGAGUUCCAUGUAGUAUUGAAAGUUCUGGAGAUGUAAAUCAACCUGAAGCGUUAAAUGAUAAAGCUUUAGCGAUUAUAAAUAGAGUUCGGGAUAAAUUAACCGGACGUGAUUUCUCACAUGAAGAAGCUUUGAGUGUUCAAAGACAAGUUCAACUCUUGAUCCAACAAGCAACAAACAAUGAAAAUCUUUGCCAAUGUUAUAUCGGCUGGUGUCCGUUUUGGUGAAGGAAAUA